AUCCCAAAAUAUUCCACCUUACCUCUCUCUGAGCUCAAAGUCCCAGAACCCGGCUUCCAGGCCCGUCCCAUGGCACUCAAAACCCUCGGUGCCUUCUCGUUCGCUUCUCCUCCCACUCCUUGUAGUAAACCCUCGUCUUUUCUCCCCUUUCCCUCUUCUCUUCGCUUCCGCCUCCGCCCUCCCAAAACCCUAAUCCCUCCAUCCUCCUCCGCUGCGUCGAGCUCCGUUUCUUCCUCCCCCUCCCCCAUUUUCCUCCCCCAUCUCGAGUCUCCUGCCCCCGAAUCCCUCGAGGACGAGGUGGUGGUGGCGGAGGACGCCGAGGAAGAAGAAGAAGAGCAGUUCGAGAAGGAAUUCGGAGAACUACAUGGGUCCAAAUUCGAAUCCGAGGAGGAAAAUGGACGAGAAGAAGACUAUUCAGAUCCCAUCCUCAAUUUCUUCAAAUCCCGGUCCGAAACCCAAGACCCGAAGCGCGAGGGCCGGCUCACUCUCCAGCGGAACCGCCGCUCCUCGUGGCACAUCGCAGACUUUGAAAGCGAUGAUCUUGAGGAGGAAGAAGAAGAGGAAGACGUGCAAGCUGUAGAGCUGGAUUCUGAUUCUGGGGUUCCUGAGCCAACUUCGGAGGACGGGGUUGUAGGGAAGAUCAUGGGGAUCGCGAGGAGCCUGCCGGAAAACUCCACAUUGGGAGAAUUCUUGGAUUCUUUUGCCGGGAAGGUGGACGAAGGGGAGUGCAUUGAGCUGCUGAGAAGGAUGGGGGAGGAGGGACUGGUUCGGGAAAGUUUGUAUCUUUACGAGUGGAUGGGGUUGCAGGAACCGUCGCUGGUGACGCCGAGGUCGUGCUCUGUUCUGUUUCCGAUCCUGGGGAGGGCUCGCAUGGGAGAUAAGCUGAUGGUUCUCUUUGAGAAUUUGCCAAGAGGGAAGAGAUUUCGGGAUGUUUGCGUGUAUAAUGCAGCGAUUUCGGGCCUUUCGUGCUGUGGGAGAUAUGAUGAUGCCUGGAGAGUGUUUGAGGAUCUGGAAGCUAAUAAUAUCAAGCCAGAUCAUGUGACAUGUUCUAUUUUGAUAACUGUUAUGAGGAAAACUGGUAAGCAUGCAAAAGAUGCAUGGGAUUUCUUUGAAUGUAUGAACAGAAAAGGUGUCAAAUGGAACUUAGAGGUCUUUGGUGCUCUCAUAAAAUCCUUCUGUGAUGAGGGGCUGAAAAAGGAAUCUCUUAUCAUUCAAUCAGAAAUGGAGAAGAAAGGAAUUUCAUCAAACGUCAUCAUAUAUAACACCUUGAUGGAUGCCUAUGUUAAAUCUAACCAGGUUGAAGAGGCAGAAGGUCUCUUUGUUGAGAUGAAAGAAAAGGGAUUAAAGCCAACCACAGCAACCUAUAACAUUCUAAUGGAUGCCUACAGUAGAAGAAUGCAACCUGAGAUUGUUGAAGCUCUACUAUCAGAGAUGCAAAGUUUAGGCUUGAAACCAAAUGUUAAAUCAUAUACCUGCCUCAUAAGUGCCUAUGGAAGGCAGAGGAAAAUGAGUGACAUGGCAGCAGACUCAUUCUUAAGGAUGAAGAAGGCUGGAAUAAAGCCUACAUCACAUUCAUAUACAGCUCUUAUUCAUGCAUAUUCAGUGGGUGGGUGGCAUGAAAAAGCUCAUGCUGCAUAUCAAAAUAUGAAAAGAGAAGGAAUAAAACCUUCCAUAGAAACUUACACAGCCCUGCUUGAUGCCUUUAGGCGAGCUAGUGAAACUGAGAAGCUGAUGGAAGUUUGGAAAGAGAUGAUCAACAAUCAAGUGGAAGGAACUAGAGUUACAUUUAACAUUCUCUUGGAUGGGUUGGCGAAACAUGGUCUCUAUGUUCAAGCAAGAGAUGUGAUACAUGAAUUUGGAAGGAUAGGUUUGCAGCCAACGGUUAUGACAUAUAAUAUAUUGAUGAAUGCAUAUGCACGGGGAGGACAACACAACAAGUUGCCACAGCUGCUGAAAGAAAUGACUGCUCUUGAAUUGAAUCCCGACUCUGUUACUUAUUCCACAAUGAUAUACGCAUAUGUUCGUGUGCGUGAUUUUACUAAGGCAUUUUAUUAUCACAAACAAAUGGUGAGGAGUGGGCAAGUGCCUGAUGCCAGAUCCUAUCAGAAGCUGCGAGCUAUUUUGGAUGCCAAAGCUGCGAUAAAGAACAGGAGGGAUAGGAGUGCCAUAUUCGGAAUAGUCAACAGCAAAUUUGGCUUGAAACCCAAGAAGGGUAAGAAGGAUGAGCUCUGGAAGAACAAAAAGAAGCGGUGGAUGACAAAUAGGGUUAUUAUUGAUCGGAAAUGAUCCAGUAAACAACUCAUCCAUUUUGUUUCUGAUUGAAUGGUGAGUGAGGGACUGAUCCACUUUGCAUACAUCUAUUCUGAUUCAUGGUUCUACAUUUCUCGCGAGUCACUUUAGUGCUCCUUCUAGAAGAAGCUGGUCAUCUCAAAAAACAAAUGGAUGAUUAUGAAAAGAGAAAUCUGCCUCUAAGUCUUUGUACAUGGUGAUCAUCAAUCACAUUCAUACAAUUCCUCCUUCAAUGAAAUUAUUAUUUUUGCUCAUUGACUCUGUUUAUGGUGGUCUAGCGACACCUUUAAGGUAAUGAAACAUUUUUCUUGUUUUAAUUGAUGUGGAAUGCAAAUAAUGCUCCAAUCUGUAUGACAGUAUUGUUGUUAUCUCUCAUUUUGAAAAUGACUGGAAAUCAAUGAGGGAUGUCUAAUU